AUGCCUAAAUCCAACCAACAAAUACUACACCCAUACCUGGCGCCACACCACUCAAAAUCCGAUUGGAAGCCUUCAAAGCAACGCACCUCUCUAAAAGGGGUCCACCCAGACAGAACCGUACCCCCUCCUAAACUCAAGCCAAAGGUGACCAGACCUUCCCUGAGACCCCCUGCCUGCCCUCUGACCCCACAGACGGUAGUCUGGCUGGCCGUGGUGACUGGUUCCUGUGUCUUCCCUGCGCUACUUGGCCCAGGCGUGUCUGCUGGAGAGACCUGGGGCAUGGUCUCCAUCUGUCCCUUCCACUGUGUGUGCCGAAACCUCUCAGAGUCUCUGAGCACGCUCUGCGUCAACAAGGGCCUGCUGUUCGUCCCUCCUGACAUUGACCGGCGCACCGUGGAGCUCCGUCUGGCAGAUAACUUCAUCCUGGAGGUGGGCAGGGUGGACUUUGCCAACAUGUCAGGCCUGGUGGAACUGACUCUGUCCAGGAACACCAUCCACACCCUGCGGCCCCUGUCCUUCGCUGACCUGGAGAGCCUGCGCUCACUCCACCUGGACACCAACCGGCUGACCAUAGUGGGGCCAAGAGACCUGUCCGGCCUGACCAACCUACAGCACCUCAUCAUCAACAACAACCAGCUGACCGCAGUCUCCGCCGAGGCCUUCGAUGACUUCCUGCAGACGCUGGAGGAUCUGGACCUGUCCUACAACAACCUGAGGAAGGUCCCCUGGGAGGCCAUCCAGAACAUGGCCAGCCUGCACACCCUCAACCUGGACCACAACCUCAUAGACCAGAUCGCUGAGGGCUCCUUCGGCGAACUCUACAAGCUGGCCCGCCUGGAUAUGACGUCCAACCGGCUGCAGACGCUGCCCCCCGACCCCCUGUUCUCCCGAUCCCAGACGGGCGUGGUCAGCCCCACGCCCUACAGCGCUGUCAUCAGCCUGAGCUUCGGGGGGAACCCCCUGCACUGUAACUGUGAGCUGCUGUGGCUGAGGCGGCUGAUCCGCGGCGACGACAUGGAGACGUGUGCCACCCCUGUCCACCUGGCCGGGCGCUACUUUUGGUCCAUCCCAGAGGAGGAGUUCACCUGUGAGCCUCCGCUCAUCACACGCCACUCCAACAAGCUGUGGGUGCUGGAGGGCCAGAGGGCAACGCUGAGGUGCCGUGCCAUCGGUGACCCCGAGCCCAUCAUUCACUGGAUCUCCCCUGACGACCGCAUCGUGGCCAACUCCAGCCGUGUGUACUCCUACUACAAUGGCACCCUGGACGUGCUGGUGACGCGGGCGCGUGACGACGGGGCUUACACCUGCAUCGCUAUCAACGCUGCCGGGGAGGCUACAGCCCUGAUAGACCUCAAGAUCAUCCCCCUCCCUCACCGCGGCAACAACACUGUCCCCCUCACCAACCCUCGUGGAGACCCAGGCUCCUCAGACAUUUCCAGUGGGAGAACAGGAGGGUCUGGAAGGAACGGGAAGGGUGGUGCUGGUUCUGUAAAGAACGCCACAGGAGAGGGGGAGAGCGGAGAGAGGGGGGAUGGAGAAGCCAGCACCAGUGAGCGUUUGGUGGGGGUCCUGGGGGUGACUGCCACCUCUGCCCAGGUGCGCUGGGUCCUGGGCCGUGCCACUGGGCCGUACCUGGUGUGGAUGUACCAGAUCCAGUACAACUGCACUGCAGACGACGCCCUGGUGUACAGAAUUCUGCCGCCUACAAGCAACUCUUUCCUGCUGAAGAACCUGGUGUCUGGAGCAGACUACAGCCUGUGUGUCCUGGCCAUCUUUGACGAUGGGGUAUCCACCCUGGCCACCACCAAGGUCCUAGGCUGCACCCAGUUCAGCACCAAAGAGGACUUCCCAGAGUGCCGAUCCCUGCAGGCCCACUUCCUGGGCGGCACGCUGACGGUCAUGGUGGGGGGGGUCAUCGUGGUAACACUGCUGGUGUUCACCGUGGCGAUGAUGGUAAGGCACCGUGUCUGUGGAGACUGUCAAGACGAGGGCCACUACCCUGCCCAUCACCAUGAUGACUUCCUGCCCUCCAAGGAAGGAGUGGAUGUUUACGCUCAGACCAACGGAAACGGGAGCGUGAUGAUGGUGGCUCUGCCCAACAACAUUCUUGGCCAACAGGCUAAGUCGCUGCCAUUGAAAACCAAACCCCAAGCCAAGAACAAGCCCAAGCCAAAGCUUGACUCCGAUCAGCUCAGUGGGGAGGGAAAGGGUGAGAAGCCAGGCCUGGAGGUGGUCGUGAGGGGGAAAGGAUUCCCCCCUUUCACCCUUGAGAGUGAGAGAGUGACACUGUACUACUCCCCUGCCAACACCUCCCAGACGUUACCCCAUCCCCGAGCUCACAAGGCCCCGAAACACUCAGGCAAGCUCAAGCUGCGCCACUCUGAGGAGAAGGAGAGAGACUUGGACAAAAUGGUGGGCUCCAUAUGCAGCCUAGACUCUGAGGCCCAGGGGGAGGAGUUGGAGCGCAUGAAGGACUCGAGGGGAGAUCGCCCGCCACUAGGGCCGACACGCAGCUGCUCCUUUGACGUGGGCGAGAUCACCACGACAACCUGCUACGGAUAUGCGAAGCAACUGAGUGUGAUAUGGACCAGGAGGAGCCAGUCGGUGCAGGGCAUGCUGGUCCAGUGUGCCUCAACAGCCAGUUCAGCGAGCAGCACAGGCAGCGACCACCCCCCACCUGCCCUCACACAUGGCUACCUGCACACCCACAACACCUCCAACUCUAAGUCCAGUGAGGCUGACAACAUCGGAGACCUGGAAGAGAGUGUUUUAUAG